CCGACCUCCCGGCGCGCGUGUCCUACGUCCUACCCCUACCUCGCGAAUUGCCCGAGCUACCCCGCUCGCACGCACCGCACCACCCGUCGCAGCCGUAGUUUGCCCCCGUAACAAAGCGCGACGCAGACUCCACCUCCCUCGCUUUCUCUAUCUCCCCCUCGCCUCCCACCCUUCCCGUAUCUUGCUUGUCUCCUCCGCCGCCUCGCCGGCGGCCCGGCAGGACCUCCCCUCAGAGCCGACCGUGCCUGCGCGCGUCCCUGCGCCGGACCGCGCGGACGACGGCCGACCGCGCGCCACGACCAUGGCGGCCACCGCGGAUCCGACGGCGAAGACGCCGGCCACGCAGCCGCACCGCCUGAAGCCGUGGGGUCCACCACAACCGCCUCGUGGCCACUGCGUGCCUUCCCUGUCGUCGGUCUCCGGGGGGGCCGGAGCCAUCCGCGAUCGGCGCCGCUCCUCGACGUCCCACCGACGCGGUGGUGCCGACGCCGUAGACGAGGGACCUUACGACGACGGGCUGGAAGAUCUCCGGGCUAAGCUCAUGGGCCACGUCCAUGAAGCCGCCGACCGCCUUCGGCUGCCCCCGGCGACGCCCCAGCGGUCGCCGGAGCCCGAGCCUCCGGCAGCGCCGCUUCCUCCGCCACCGCAGGACGCCGCCGCGGUUGUGGCCGCCAGCAUGCCGUGGACGCUGAGGGAGCGAAAGCGUCGUCCAUCAGGCCGCGGCAGCACGGGCGCCGCAUCGUCCGCGACGCCGUGGUCGACGACCCCGGCGGCCAUGGCGCGGCACGACGGCAUGCGCGGUCCGUUCGCUGUGGCGCUGGAUGCGGAGGAGAUCGAGGAGGACGUUUACGCCCUCACCGGCGCCCGUCCGCGGCGGCGGCCCCGGAAGCGGGCGCGGGUCGUGCAGCGGCAGCUCGAUUCGCUGUUCCCGGGGCUAUGGCUGACCGAGAUCACCGCCGACGCCUACCGGGUCCCCGAUGACCAGUAAGCAGGCAACCCGCUACCAUAUCCGGCCGGCCGGCGAGCUCUGCCAUUCUCUUCUUCUGCCCACGCUUUGGGUUGGGGUCACCAGCAACAACAACAAAAUGUAUGGAGUAGUAAACUAGGUUUAGCUGAGUUGACAGGUAUUGUACUUCCGAUGUCGCGUCUUUUAACAUUGAUUUCCUGCUUUCAAAUCUAAGCAGCGCUGCUUUAUUCUCUCUCUCAUGUAUAGUUGUAGGGUCUGUGGUCGUGUCUUGUAAUCUACUACUCCUAAUCCAUCUAGAUCGCCAUGCUUCGUGUAAUCUGCCAUCGUA